GAAUCCUAAUCACUUACAACUGACUGCACCGAUAUUCGAUCGCAUGGAUUCUGUAGAUUACUUACAGCAUACUUCAUGCAAAAAAGAUGUCUAUAAAAUCCCACCCAUAGAACCAGAGAUAAAUACUGAAUUCUAUCUCCCUGCUAAUCGCUAGACAGUAGACACAGCGCCAGCGAAGAUGAUGAUGAUCAGGGUUCGUAGCAGAGAUGGUUUGGAGCGAGUCACCGUCGACAAUCCUCGUACCACCGUCUCCGCCCUCAAGACCUUAAUAGAGAACCAGCUUAGGGUUCCUGUCUAUAACCAAACCUUAUCCACCAACCGGAAUUUGCUCCUCGCAAAAACCCCACAUGACCGUCGUCGCUUCACUGACAUGUCUGACCCCCAAACAUCCAUCUCUUCUCUAGGAAUCUCGCACGGUUCCAUGGUUUACCUGGCUUACGAGGGCGAACGAUCCGUCGCCGGGCCCGCUUUCCAUCGGGCGGGCUCGUUCGGGAAGAAGAUGACCAUGAACGAUCUCAUUGCCAAGCAGAUGAGGAUUACGCGCCAGGAGAAUCCGCAUUGCGAUUCCGUUUCCUUCGAUCGGGAUGCCGCCAAUGCUUUCCAGCAUUACGUGAAUGACUCGCUCGCCUUUGCUGUUAAACGAGGAGGGUUCAUGUAUGGUUCGGUACUGGAGGGCGGAAAGGUUGAGGUGAAUUUCAUCUACGAACCGCCGCAGCAAGGGACGGAGGGAAAUUUGAUUUUGUUGAGGGACCCUGAUGAGGAAAACCUAGUUGAGGCGAUUGCAUUGGGGUUGGGAAUGAGGAGGGUAGGGUUUAUAUUCACGCAGACGAUCGGGCAGAACAAGAAGGAUUAUACUCUGUCGAAUUCGGAGAUACUACAGGCGGCAGAGCUUCACGGGCAGAGUGGGCUCAAGGAGUGGGUUACGGCGGUGGUUAAAUUGGAAGUGAAUGAAGAUGGUGGUGCAGACGUGCAUUUUGAGGCGUUUCAGAUGAGUGACAUGUGCGUUAGACUGUUCAAAGAAGGGUGGUUCGAGACGGAUUGUGGAGAAGGAUUUGAUCCCAAGCUCUCUCGGAUGAAGAAGGAUGUGAUGGUCGGAGUGAAGGACACCAAGGAAGUCGACAACGAUUUCUUCUUGGUGGUGGUGAAGAUUGUGGAUCAUCAGGGGCCACUCUCAUCGACCUUUCCCAUUGAAAAUAGGAAUUAUCCGGUGACUAUGAAGGCACUAAAGAAUCACCUGGAUCGGACAAAACGCCUUCCAUUUGUGAAACGAAUUUCUGACUCUCACCUGCUGCUUUUGGUAGCUAGGUUUUUGGACAUCAGUUCAGAUGUUCCUGCAUUGGCAGGGUGCGUGCAGGCACAAACAACAGUGCCAGAAGGUUACCAGCUUCUAAUCGAGUCUAUGGCCAGUGCUGCUUGACACAGACUUCAUUCAGUCUGGUUGUUCAGAUAAGUAUGGCUGAAUAUGUUAGCAUGUUUUGUGGAAUUCUCCCAAUCAAGUAAUCUCCAUUUGCAUUCUGGCAUUUUAAAUGUCAUCAAAAAUUGCGCAGCUGCUUUGUAGAUUGUAGGUCUCAUUGUAUAGAUAUAGAGCAAAGCAAAGGGUUGUAAUUUAUCUACUUGUCACUGGAUAUUUAUAUUUUCUAUAAGUAAGAAGUAAUAUUGGUAUAAUUGUAGCUCAA